AUGAGUUACGAACCAAACACGGCCUUAAACCUAAGCUUAUCAAAAAAUGAACUUAGCUUUGACCUUUUAUUCGAUCAAUCUUCAUCUUCUUCCUCAUCAUCGCCGUUAAGUCCAGCCGAUCAGCCGCGUGUUUUCUCGUGCAACUAUUGUAGAAGAAAGUUCUAUAGCUCACAAGCCCUAGGAGGGCACCAAAAUGCGCACAAACUUGAAAGAACCCUAGCCAAGAAAAGCCGGGAGCUGAGUUCGUCCCUGCGCCCUCAUUCCGGUUGGUCAACUAACCCGAACAGUGGCUCGGGCCCUACUAGCCCGAGCCACGGUCAUGCGGCUAGGUUUGUUGCUACUGAAUUGAGCUAUGGAAGAAGAGAGAUAAUGAGUUAUGGCUCUAGAAAAAAUGGUGAGAGUGUUGUUCAAGAGGAUUUUGGCCAGCUUGAUUUGUCCUUAAGGCUUUGA